GCACGGGAGGCGGAGGCGGGGGAAAAUGGCGGACGGCAGAGCUGAGGGGGAGAAGGCGAAGCGGCCGCAGCCCGGAGGAGGACCUGAAGAAGAGGCAGAAAAACCUGUGAAAACUAAGACUGUUUCUUCCAGUAAUGGAGGAGAAAGUUCGAGUCGCAGCGCAGAGAAACGGGCAGCUAAUGAAGAAGCUGAAGACUUCACCACAAAGCCUGCUCCUGCCAAAAUGUCCAAGUUUGGAUUUUCCAUAGGCAGUCAGACAGCAAAGAAGGCAUCUGCAAUAUCCAUCAAACUAGGAGCAAAUAAGCCUAAAGAGCCUGUUCCAACCCUUGCUCCAAAAACCCUUUCCGUAGCAGCAGCUUUCAAUGAAGAUGAAGAUAGUGAACCAGAAGAAAUGCCUCCAGAAGCCAAGAUGCGUAUGAAGAACAUCGGAAGGGAUACACCAACCUCAGCAGGACCAAAUUCCUUCAAUAAAGGAAAGCAUGGUUUUUCUGACAACCAGAAGCUAUGGGAACGAAAUAUAAAAUCUCAUCUUGGAAAUGUCCAUGACCAAGAAAAUAACUAAAUGAUGUGGAUUGAGAGUCGGGUGUUUGGGGGGAGGGGAGGGUGUAAUGUUAAAGGAACAGUUUCCUUUUUUAAGAAUGGUAUAAGACUAUCUUUGGAGCCACUUUUUUAAGAUUGAGUGGUACACUAAUAACUGAGUUUGAAAUUAGAGGUAAUUUAUGUUUUGUAUACAGAUUUCAAGGCAUUUGCUAAUUUUGUAGUUCCAUGUGAUUAGUUUCAAAAGGUUACAGAUAAUAAAGAAAUUGGAGUGGUACCUUUUUAAGAUUUUUUUUUUUUUUUUUUUUUGGUCAGUGAUUAAUUAAGGUGGAUGAAAAAGGUUACUGUCUCUUUAAUCAGGUUAACAUGGAAUGCUCUUGCAUUCUCACUUCUGGCUCCCUCUUCGUAACAGGAGAAACAGUUGACUCCUAGGAAUACUGCUAAAGAGAGUGAGCAUUGUCUUGUGCUAGAAGUGUUACUGGACUAUUCAUUUGAAUAUAAACUUAUGCAGGAAAUUAUAAGAACCUGGAUUUUUUUUUCCUCCCUGCAGUCACCUUUUGUUAAGUCUCUGCAAACUAGGAAUUAUGUUUCUCUGAGUGGCUCUGGUAACUUAGUUCUAAUUUUGUUUAAAACUUCAUGUAGAAUGUGUAACCUUCUGUGGCCUGUUUCACCCUAAGGGAAUGGGCCUUGUUUGUAUAUUAGAUACAGUCUGUAAAAAAUAUUCACUACAAAGGUAAAUCAGUAUUUUCAGUGUGCUCCUCUUAAAUCAUUAGCCUUGAGUAGUGCUUGUUAGCAUUUCCUUGUGGCACACAAAAGCCACCACCAAAAAGACAAGCUAAUGUACAUUAAGCUUCACAUUUGGUUGAAAUAUUUUUCUUUACUAUGCCUAGAAGGAAUAAAAGCCACACCAAAAAUCAGUAACUCACUGCUUAAGUAUGAAAAAUCUGAGAUGCACUUUCCCUGUCUUGCCAUUUAAAACAAAAUGCCUUGAUGCCUGUGACCUCAGUGGACACUAUCAGGUUAAAGAAGGAUAAUGUAUUUGCAGUCUUCAUGCUUCUAACAAGUGUCAACUUCAGGAAUAAAACUCAACCUUUUCCUACCUGUCUGCCUUUUGCAGUAAUUUUCAACAAUGACAUUAGUCUGGUCGGUUUAAUUUCCUAGCUUUUGUACUGGAGAACAUACUGCUGUAGGAUUUCAAACCUAGUAAUGACUGUCUAAAUUUCAGUCUAAUUUAGAUUACAUAUUUUUAAAACAUUUUACUAGCAGAACUGGUUUAACAGAAAGUUAUCAACAGCAA